AUGUUCUCUUUCAUUUCUUCCAAGCUCGCGCUUCUCGUACAGUUGGCUCUGGCCUCCACUACGUUCGCUGCCCAUGUUAACUAUACGUUUAACAUCGUGAACGCCAAUCUCGCUCCUGAUGGCUUCACCCGUCCCACCGUCGUCGUUAACGGUCAAUUCCCUGGUACUCUCAUCCAGGCGAACAAGGACGACAUAUUGCACAUCACGGUCAACAACCAGUUGACGAACCCACUCAUGAGACGAAGCACGGCCAUUCAUUGGCACGGUCUGGUCCGUUCCCAGCUUCUCACAGAGUCUGUCGCUUUGGCUGAAGAUAUCUACAGUUUCAAAGGCAAACCGCUUCUGAGGAUGGACCGGCUGGCGUUACACAGUGCCCCAUCUCUCCGGGCCAUUCGUACACCUAUGAUAUCCCUCUCAAUGGACAGGCAGGAACCCAUUGACCCCGAUGAUCCUCACAAGUCGUUGUACGAUGAAGACGACGCCAAUACCAUCAUUCAGCUCGGCGAUUGGUACCACAAGCCCGCGCCAGGUAUCCAGGCUGCGUACCUGGCCGACCGAACUGACGAGCCGGUUCCUGACUGUGGAACAAUCAAUGGGGUUGGACGUUACGUCCGAGGUCCCAGGCUUCCCUGGUCGAGGAUCAACGUCGUGCGAGGCAAACGCUAUCGCCUUCGAGUCAUCAACAUCUCUGCCUAUGGUAGUUUCGAGUUCUCGAUUGAGAAUCACCCGGUCACGAUCAUUGAGGUCGACGGGAUCAACCAUGUCCCGAAGACUGUAGGGGGCUUCGAGAUUUUCGCUGGACAACGCUACUCGGUCGUCUUGAAUGCUAACCAACCCGUCCGCAACUACUGGAUUCGCGCGCCUAUGGAUGUGAAGGGCGACAGUGACAAUGAUAACCUGGACGACGAGCUCAUCUACGCUGUUCUCCACUACGACGGAGCGCCCAACGCCGAUCCUACCACUCGCGCCGACAGGGACGCGGACAAUAUGCUCAGAGAGCACGAAUUGGUUCCUCUCGAUAAUCCAGGCGUUCCGGGAGGCACUGGUCCAGCAGACAGAGUGAUCGAUCUGCAAUAUUCUCGCUCGACGUCUGGAGGUACCAAGUGGACCUUCAAUGGGAUUCAGUACCAUUCUCCCAACACCAAUACACUUUUGAAGGUGAUGGCAGGCGCGACUAUCGCCAGUGAUUUCACGCCUUCCGAGCACACCAUCAUUCUUAACCAUAACGAAACUGUCGAGUUGCGCCUGCACGGCUCUUCUAACGGACACGUCCACGUCAUCAAAGGCGAGAGUGGACCUGAGAACUAUGUGAACCCUCCUCGCCGCGACGUAUUCGGCAUCAAGAGCGGUACUGGAAUCAUUCGUUUCAGGACGGAUAAUCCUGGGCCAUGGUUCUUGCAUUGCCACUGGCAUCUGGAAGCUGGUUUGGCGGUCGUCUUCGCUGAGGCUCCUGACCAGAUACGUGAUGGACCGCAGGCUCAAGUCAUUAAGCAGGAGUGGCUCGACCUAUGCCCAAUCUACAACGCUCUUCCUCCCGAGUUGCAAUGA